GGACCCAUUGAGUGUUACACAAAUCGCUGUCCGUCAAGUCACCAGCGGACAAACUGCGCCUUUGCAGUAAAUUUUUCUUUUAGUUGUAGUGUGUGUGUGGUGAGGACUGAUGGACGGCUUGGAGCCGAAAGACACAGCGGACAGUGCGCCUUCAGUUAUUGACAGAUAUUUCACUCGUUGGUACAGAACCGAUAUGAAGGGGAAACAAUGUGAGGACCACUGCAUCCUGCAACAUUCAAACAGAUUAUGUGUCGUCACUUUAGCAGAGACUCACCCCAUCCUCCAGAAUGGACGUGCAGUCAAAAGCAUCAAUUACCAGAUCAGUAACGGCUGCAGUCGGCUCAGCAAUAAAGUCUCCGGGAAAUCCAAGCGGGGGGGUCAGUUCCUUACUGAUUUUGCGCCUCUGUGUAGGAUAACAUGCACUGAUGAAACAGAAUACACAAUCUACAGCUGCAUCCGUGGUCGUCUUCUGGAAGUCAAUGAAAAUAUUUUAGAAACACCUUCCCUCUUGCUGGAGAAGCCAGCCACUGAAGGAUACGUUGCUGUCAUCCUGCCAAAGUUUGAGGAGAGCAAGAGCAUAACAGAAAAUCUACUCAGCAGAGAGCAGUUUGAGCAGGUCGUCUCCAAACGAGGUGCUGCAGAGUCCCAACCUUCCUGACAGGACACAGUGCUCAUGUUUGGACUGUUUGGAAGAGCUUGCUUCUCUUCAGAUUCACUUCACAUCUCACACAGUGGGUUUAUAAACCGUGGACACUCUCCUAGAAGUUGACGUUGACUUGAGGGCCGUUCUAAUGGAUUUUCACACAUAAGGCAAGCAUUGCACUGUGCCUCUGUAUUAUUAUAUGUUGAUCGUUUCAGGAAGCCUGGCCAUUUGAAGUGCUUUUUUUAUUGGUUGGGAAGCAUGACUGAUUAUUUUCAUUCUAUACCAGUUCUUCAGUUAAAAUUAUUUUUGUAGAAAUCAUUAAAAACAACCAACAACA